UAAUGCUGAAAACACCUUAAAAAUAUCUAUUUGGAAAACAAUAUUUCGAAACUAGUAACAUCAAACGUCUAAUUGGAUUACAAUGGCGGCUAUGUCCCCGUCUGAGCGGAGAUUACAGAAAGAACUUAUGUCCCUGAUGAAAGAACCGCCACCAGGAGUCACCGUAGACGGAGAUCAGGCCAGCCAAAAUCUAACACUGUGGACAGUACACAUGGAAGGAGUUCCCGGCACACUAUAUGAAGGCGAAAAAUUUGUAUUGCAAUUUAAAUUCACAAACAAGUACCCGUUUGACUCUCCCGAGGUGACGUUCAUAGGCAAUAACAUACCAAUACACCCGCACGUGUACUCCAACGGCCACAUCUGCUUGUCCAUACUGACGGACGACUGGUCGCCCGCGCUCUCCGUGCAGUCCGUCUGUCUGUCCAUCGUGUCAAUGCUCAGUAGCUGUAAGGAGAAGAAACGGCCACCAGAUAACUCAUUUUACGUUAAAACCUGCAACAAAAAUCCUAAGAAGACGAAAUGGUGGUAUCACGAUGACUCCGUCUAACAAUAUACCGCGUCGCUGUAUCGAGCAUGGACGAUAAAUCUCAGUAUGUGUUAAGUGUUAUAACUAUACGGUAUAUUAUUGUAAAAUGUUAUGUACAUACGACGCGUGUCGCAUGAGGCGACGUGCGCUGCGGGCUGCGCGCUGCACAGAACGUCGCGCUCUGCACAGAGCGGCUGCGGCUUGCACACGGGGGACUGUGCGCUGCACAGAGCGGCUGCGGGGCCUCGCCGCGACCCGCAGGCGCCGAGCAACAUCUCCAGGGCGUUUGCUGAUGUUGGCGAUGCUAAAUUUACGAGUACGGAAAUGCUGGCGCGUAUUGAAGAAUUGGGUAAAUACUUAUAAUAGUACAAUUUUAAUUUGUUCCGAUCUUCACCCUAUGUAGCUGGCUAUUUACGUGUUUAUCAACUGCUGUACUGUCAGAUUCAAGUGUUUACGUCGAUUUAUAUUAUUCGAUCUAACGAUAGAAUCUAUCUUGUAUUUUGUGUCAAUAAUAUUAUCUCUAGUAAUAUUUUAGAAGUCUGCCGCAUGUAGAUAGACAGACAAAUACCUAUUUGUAGUCAUGUAUUAAACAGUUAAGAAACGGUUUACCCAUAUUUUUCAAUAAUGCAGCUGUGUUCGAAUUAUUGUUUAGCUAGUGACUAAACACUGCAUGCUUACCCUACAUUCCGAAAUAUUAUUCAUUCAAAGUAACUCGUUGCACGCGGAUGCCAUAGUUGUAAUAGUUCGCCAUGGAAAUGCAACGAAUGAUAAGUUCAUAGCUUCUAUUACGUAUUGGGGCGAGUCCACAGUGUUGCGUUGCUAGCUAAUCGGCCUUACUUAUAAACGGGGCCUAUGUAUUGAUUAGUCCAAAAUGUGUCGUCAUUAUUCUAUAAAAUUCAAAAUGUCACAUAUGACACUGACAAACUUCAUUGAUUAAUAAAUUAAAUAACUUCGUUUAUAAGUGAAACCGAAAUGAAUAAAAUUGUACCAUCUUAAAGGGUUUGUCAGUGCUAAAUUAAACAUAUACUGUAAGUAGAGUAAUAGGGUAUGAAAUAAUAAUGUACCGUAAUCGGAGUCUUUGUUCACACAUCAGUCAUACUUUGUUUAGUUGUAUAUAAUUUUUAAUUUUUACUAUUAUUGUGAUUUUACCAAGUUGAUUGCAGGUUAUUCACGCUAUGUCAAUGUGGUACAGGAUCAUAGGGUUUUGCUGUAAGCCUGUUUAAACUCGGCUUCUAAUAUUCAUAUUAUUUACGGAAACAAGUUAUGUACAUUGAGGCUUAAAACGUAUUUCAUUUGAUUGUAAUAGAUGAUCAAAGGAACGACUAAUAUGUAAAGCUUUAUAUUUUUGCAGGCUUUGGGAAUUUUAGUCAAUAACGCUUGAUAUCUGCUGCAAUACUUUCUCUAGCCAGAAUGAUUAAUGUUCAUAAUAUUGUGAUCACAACUAAAUGCAAUAACCUUCUCUUAUUUCUUUUUAUAUUUGUAGGUAAACUAUUCUUACACAUGAUGAUGAAUGUAAUUUUUGUAUGAAAUUUUAUUUACGUACGUCGUUAAGAGAUUCAUUGAAUCGUAUACUAACAUUUACAUGUAACACAGCAUUGAUUAUCGAUGUGAAUAUAUCUAUUUAUGUCCGCCUUAGGCACUGGGCUGCGCCUUUAAUAAAUAUAUACUAACCUCUUCAAUGCAUUCAACUAGUCUACUUCAAAGUAUUUAAAUAAUGUGUUUAUGCAAAAAAAUAAGUUUUUGAGAAAAUAAAUUAUCAAAAGUAAUUCUUUUAUUUGGCAAUCUUGUACCGGUGCUAACGCUUUCUCAUAAAUUCAUAUUUGUCAAAUAAUAUUGUCAUAUACUUGUGAAUGGUAACCUUCACAUUAGGCUAGCAACACAUUCCUGUAUUAUUAGAUGGAAAAUUGUUUGAUGAUGCGUACCUUGAUUUACUAAAAUGCAUUAUAAUUGUGUAUUAUUCAAACAACCUGCUUAAUUUAUUGAAAUAAAAAUAUAGAUAAACAUG